AUGGACAGGGCGCACGACAAGAAGGUGAAGGGCCUCCGGCGCGCGCUCCUGUGGAAGUUCACGGAGCCUGGGGAGCCCGGCGCGGCGCUGCGAUCCAAGCUGCUGGAGAUGCAGGACAACCUCCGCCUACCGCCCGGAGUGGCAGGCACGCAGCGGGCGCUGGACGCCGGGCUGGACGGCGAAUGUUACUGCCUGCUGCCCUCGUUCCUGCGCAUGCUUCGCGAGCUGAAGCGCCAGGAGCGCUCGUUCACGCUGUUCUUCCGCACCUUCGGCAGCGACAUGGAGGUGGUGCUCAAGGAACUGAACGCGCUGUGCGAGGGGCGCCACCCGCUCUUUCCAGAGGAAGACGGCAUCGUCCUCGACGGCUCCGACGGGAAGUCCGACUACAGGAGCCGACGGGAAUGA